CUGACGAACAUGUUCUCCUGUUGUGUGCCCGUGUCCCGCGGCUGCCGGCUCGGGGGAGCCCGUGGCUGCGACCCUUCCCGACCCUGGAGACAGUGGGUCAGGUCGUGCACAGGACGCCUCAGGUCUCUAGCUCGCAGGGACCCAAAGAAAUCAACCGAUGAAAUCGGGAAACGAUUGGCGGAAUCUGGAUUCGCCCGCCCUACAGAGUUGUGCGUGUGCCCCGUCGCCCAGGAGGGCCACCCUGGACCCGUGGAGAGAGUGGCUGCAGGGAGGUUUUGGGAAGCAGAGCCUGGAGUUGGCCUGGGAAGGCCUCCUCCAGCGCCCCGGCCCCGCCGUAAGGUCUUCGUUCACCGAUCCUGGGACCAGUACUUGGAGUCCCCGGAGUCAGAGCCCGAGGAGUCCGGUGCAGGAGCAAAAGCCGGGUCGGCUCCAGAGCCCGGCCCAAAGGCAUCAGGGGCCUCGGCGUAUCUGCAGGCAGGCGAGGUAUCUGGAGCGACUCCUGCAGGGGCCCGGGAGCCAGCAGGUGACCUGGGACCUGUGCGGGGACAGCGGGCACCUGAGCAGAGUCAGCUGGGUCCUGCUUCUGCUGGCUCCACUGUUCCCGCUGUUGCUCCCAACACUGCUCCUGCCAUCGCCCUUGAUCCCACAUGGAUGUCGGCCCAAAAUCAAGGGGUUGAAGACCUAUACAGGCGACAUUUCAACUCUGACCAGGAACCCGAAGAGCAAGGGGUCUUGCUGGAGCCGCGCUCCCCGGCAGGCCCCCGGUCAGGCCUAACUGUGCCCGUGCCCGAUGCGGGGGGCGCCGGGCCUCGGCGAUAUCCCACGACCGGACAGAGAAAGGGAGCGGCGACAGCCCAUCCGCUCUGA